UGUGAUUUUUCCUUCCUGUGGGUCCGUUGCUGAAUAUUGACUCUUUUAUUCGUCUCACCUCAUGAUACCAUCAUAUCUCGAGGCUUAUUAAAAAUCUCUUUCAAAGUCAUAAUCAUGAGCGCGGCCCAGCUGGGGCGUCCGGUGUCAGUCACGCAUUGAUCUGUGCGCCUGUGAUAUUUAUGGAUGAGCUUUAUUGGUGAGGGAAAAGACUGAGCUCUGAGGGAAGAUCUGCUUAAUGCUUCAGAAUUAUUGAGCUUUGCAGCGAGUCUCACGCCAGGGGGUUUGAGUAUUACCCGAAGAAGUGACUCGCUCUUGUACUUCAGAUAAUUCUGACAGGAGGUCCUGCUAUGUAGAUUACAGUGUGUCGUUUUUAAACUGUUUAUGUAUUUGGUUUUACACUUCGAUGAUGUGAAUUUGAUGAUCUAACCUACUUUUCGACCAGUUGAAUGCAUAUGAUGCAACUUUCAAACAUUUAAAAGAACAUGAAACCAGUUACCUUGAUUUAUGGAAAGUUAGUUAUUUUAUUAUUGGCUAAUAUUAUUUAAGCAUCCUUUUACAAAUGUCAAAAACAAACCUUUUGAUGCUUUGGCAUAACAUGCACUAGUGAACUGUGCACAAUAAGACCAGAAGCAUGUAUAUAGAAAGUAAACAGCAUCGGUUUAUGUUUUGUUUCUUCUCAUCAGGUUGUUUGCAGCCAAAUGCAGUGGCUGUCUGGAGAAGAUCGCUCCCAGUGAGUUUGUGAUGCGCGCACUAGAAAGUGUGUAUCAUCUAGGCUGCUUCUGCUGCUGUGUGUGCGAGCGACAGCUGUGUAAAGGGGACGAGUUCGUCCUGAAGGAAGGACAACUGCUGUGCAAGAAUGACUACGAGAAGGAGAAGGACUUACUGCACUCGGUCAGCCCGGACAUGUCUGACUCCGACAAAAGCGAGGAAGAAGAUCUGGAUUUGAAGCCUGAGAAAGGAGCAGGGGGUCAGGGCAAAGGAGCCGAUGAUGGCAAAGACCCACGCAGACCCAAGAGACCUCGCACCAUCCUCACCACCCAGCAGCGGCGAGCCUUCAAGGCCUCCUUUGAGGUGUCGUCCAAACCAUGCCGAAAGGUCAGAGAGACGUUGGCAGCUGAAACCGGUCUAAGUGUUAGAGUCGUCCAGGUGUGGUUUCAGAACCAAAGAGCAAAGAUGAAGAAAUUAGCACGCCGACAACAGCAGCAACAAGAGCAGCAAACCUCUCAGAGACUCGGACAAGAUGUGAUCUCAAGCCGAAUGGAGAAUCUGAUGAACUCUUACACACCACUGGCUCCGCCUCCACAACAUCAGUUAGUCUCCAUGGAGACCAGCGGAUACAGCACGGACCCGUUCCAGCACGGUCUGACCCCUCCACAGAUGCCCGGAGAUCACAUGAAUCCAUACGGAAACGACUCGAUUUUCCACGACAUUGACAGUGACACGUCUCUGACCAGUCUGAGCGACUGCUUCAUGGCUGCGGCAGAAGCCGGAUCCCUUCAGACCCGCCUGGGAAACCCCAUCGACCGCCUCUACUCCAUGCAGAGCUCCUACUUCGCCUCCUGAAACCAAAUCUUGAGACUAAACAGCCACAAGAACUACAUAAUAUCCAUGCCUACAAAACCAGCCUCACGUACAGCAGCAAACCUCCAGUAUAAGGCCGAGGCUGUAAGGACAAGAAAACCAAACCAAACCAAACCGAUCGACUCACGCAGAAGAUGAAACCAGAUCUCGGCUUUGUGCUGUAGACGACAUGCUGAGGAGGUUCAAAGAUGUGCUGGCCAAGUGUAUGUGAAGAUGGGAUGAGUAGGUUUUCAUCUAGACUUUGUAGAAAUAAUCUUAACCACACAUUUCUUGAGGAGCUGCAGGACGUUUACUGCAGUAUACUGAACCUGCAAAACAACUUUAGACCGUAAAUAGACAAAUGCAAUACACGCAAAAUGGAAACACUUCAUUGUUAUCAGCAUGAAUAUGGAUUUCAAAAGUUUUGAAAUAAAGUCAAGCUGAAACAGCUGUGUGUUGACAAGAACGAUUAGCUAUUUAUUACGUACAUGUGCCAAGCAAACCUGCAAAGCUUUAUUUAAAACAAACUGUGUUAGAGAAAGUACCAUAAACAUUUUUAUGCAAGUUCCUGGAAGAGAGUGUAGUAUUUCUGUUGAUGUUUAAAGAUGUAUAUGUUUAUUUCGCUGUGCUAUUUAUUUGUCAUUUGCAUUCUUGGAUGUUGUAGAGGAUGCAUUUUUGCUCAAACUUGCUAAAUUGACCAAAGUUUGUUGGUACUAA